AUGGAGGGGGUGUUACAGCAACAAAGGUCAUUGGCCGAGACACCAAGUUAUUCAGUUGCUUCAGUUGUUACAGUUAUGGUCUUUGUCUGCCUUAUCGUUCAAAGGUCCAUCUACAGAUUUGGAAAGUGGCUAAAGAAGAACAGGAAGAAAGCUCUGUUUGCUUCAUUGGAGAAGAUUAAGGAAGAGCUCAUGCUACUUGGCCUUAUAUCUUUGAUGCUGGCACAAUCCGCAAGGUGGAUAUCUGAGAUAUGUGUAAACUCUUCUCUUUUCACCAGCAAGUUUUAUAUAUGUUCUGAGAAAGAUUACAGCAACUCCAACGAGAAGGCCGAGGUUGAGAGUUCUUUUUUUCCUUCCAAUGUGACUGAUAUCCCAGCAGGACUAAUCAAUCUUUCUUCCCAUCAAUGUGGUCAGGGCCAUGAACCAUUUGUUUCAUACGAGGGACUGGAGCAGCUGCACCGGUUCUUAUUUAUUCUUGGGAUCACCCAUGUCUUGUAUAGUUGUGUGGCAGUUGGUUUGGCCAUGAGCAAGAUUUACAGUUGGAGGAAAUGGGAAAAUCAAGCUGUCUUACUGGCUGAUGCGAAUUUGCAAGCAAAGAAAAACAAGGUGAUGAGACGACAGUCUACAUUCAUUUUCCAGCACACAUCUCAUCCAUGGAGCAGGCACCGGAUUCUUAUUUGGAUGCUUUGCUUCCUACGACAAUUUAGAAGUUCUGUAAAGAGAUCGGAUUACUUGGCUCUACGUUUGGGCUUCAUCACUAAGCACAGACUUCCCCAUUCUUAUAAUUUCCAUAAAUAUAUGGUUCGGAGUAUGGAAGAUGAGUUUCAGGGGAUUCUUGGUAUCAGCUGGCCACUAUGGGGUUAUGCAAUAGUGUGCAUUUUCGUAAAUGUUCAUGGUCUGAAUAUUUACUUUUGGCUUUCUUUCAUCCCUGCCAUUCUUGUCAUGCUGGUCGGAACAAAGCUCCAGCAUGUCGUCUCUUCCUUAGCACUUGAAAUAGAACAAACAGGGCCAACUGUUGGGACGCAAGUCAAGCCACGUGACGAUUUGUUUUGGUUCGGGAAGCCAGUAAUACUUCUGCGGUUGAUACAAUUCAUCAUAUUUCAGAAUGCAUUUGAGAUGGCAACAUUUCUCUGGUCCUUGUGGGGACUUAAGGAGAGAUCAUGCUUCAUGAAAAACCACAUAAUGAUAGUUAUUCGAUUGGCUUCCGGUGUUAUUGUUCAGUUCUGGUGUAGUCACAGCACAGUGCCUCUAAACGUGAUUGUUACACAGAUGGGAUCGCAGUGUAAGAAAGCACUGGUCGCGGAGAGUGUGAGAGAAUCACUCCACAGUUGGUGCAAGAGAGUAAAGGAGAGGUCUAAACACUCGCUUGCAACAAGAUCAGUUUGUUCACUGGACACAACAGUUGACGAGAGGGAUGAGAUAACAGUUGCCUCGGGCACAUUAUCUCGAAGCUCUUCGUUAGACUCCCUACAUCAAGUAACAGUGGCAUCAAUGGUGCAGCCUAAUGCCGUACUCGAAACUACGAACCCGGCGCAGCAUGAAUACUCAUUCCGGGUGGCAGAGUAUUUAGUUGAUUCGGUAAGCAUGAGUGCACCACAAUAUCCCAACACCGGCGAAAUGGAUGACGACGGCAUUAAUCGAGAAGAAGAGAGAUUUGAUACUUUGUUAGAGCUGUUUCAGAAAACAUAAAUUAGCUAAUGCACACAUCACCGGUGAAGAACAUGGUUCAGGCAAUGAAGCG